AUUCCCACGACCACGAGACAACGCUUGUAAUCAUGGCGGAAAUCACAAUCAAAGAAAGCCCUCUCAAGGAGGUCCAAAUCGAGGCCCUGGUGGUGAUGCGCAUCAUCAAGCACUCUUCGUCCACCUUCCCAACACCCGCUACUGGAUUUCUUGUCGGCAUGGACGUCAACUCGCAAUUGCAAAUCACCAACUCUUUCCCAUACCCAACGGCAGCCCAGGACGCAUCAGCUUCGACCGAUCCCUACCACCAGCAGGAUGCUGCGGCCUUGGCUGCAGCGGCGCCCCGAGCAAAGAGCAAUGUGGCAUACCAGGCGGAGAUGAUCAAAUUUUUGAGGGAGGUCAACGUGGAUGCUCAGGGCGUGGGCUGGUACAUCAGCACCAGCAUGGGCAACUUUGUCAAUCAGAACUUCAUCGAGAACCAGGUCUUCUUUCAGCGCGCGGCGGACGAGAGGACAGUUGCGCUUGUGUUCGAUGUGUCGAGGACCAGUCAAGGAAGCCUGAGCCUGAAGGCAUACCGCUUGUCGACCAGCUUCCUCGUCGCUUAUCAAGAGGGCAAAUUCACAUCAGAGAGCCUCCAGAAGUCAAACCUCCGCUACCAGGACAUCCUCGUGGAGCUUCCGAUCCAGGUUCACAACUCGCACUUGCUCACCGCAUUCCUCCACCAGAUUCCUCAACAGCCGUCAAAGAAGACCACUCUCGAAUUCCCUUCAUCACUCUCGGAGCUGUCCCACGACCCCAACAUCUCCACUAACCCACUUGCGCCCAACCUUGACAGCCUGGACCUUUCCAUCGAUCCUUUCCUCGAGAAGACCUGUGAUCUCCUGCUAGAGAGCAUCGAGAACCACCAGACCGAGCAGAACAAUGCUCAAUACUAUCAGCGUUCGCUUGCACGUGAGCAGGCAAAGAUUAAGACAUGGCAAGAGAAGCGAAAAGCCGAGAACACUCUUCGCACCCAACAGAAGCAGCCACUCCUUCCCGAGGACGAAUGGCAGAAGCUUUUCAAGCUUCCGCAGGAGCCUUCAAGACUGGAAUCGCUCUUGGUGGGCAGACAGGUGGAGCAGUACGCGAGGCAAGUGGAUGGCUUCUCCGCGGUGGUGAGUGGGAAGAUGUUUGGAGUAAAGGGCAAUCUCCUUCCCGGCAGCGAGAUGGCUUGAAACUGGACCUGAAUGGUCGGGCAUAGCGAGGCGUUAUGGGUGGGAUGUAAGUGCAAAAUGGUGAUCAAAAGCAUUCACGGGAAAUGAUUGCGGCAUUAUCUGCCACGGAAGCCGCGUUGGCCACAAGCAUGAUGUGCUCGUGAUGCACUUCAUCAGCGUGCAAUGUACCAGCGCAUGGGACACAUCGACACUGGU